AUUUACAUUUCUAUUGCAACAUCUAGAUUUAUUGAUUUUUGGCAUCAACGAAUCUUGGCUCUCGAAAAGCACAUAACAUACGUUUGUUUUCUUAUAAUGACAGAACUUGGACAAAUUAAUAAUUCAGCUGAUAAAAUGGCACAUCUUUUAAAAGAAGCAGAAAGUUUGAAAUCAAAAUUGGAAGAAGAACGACAAAAAUUGAAUGAUGUAAAUUUAUCAACGGUUGCCGAACGUCUUGAAGCAAUUCCAUUUGUUAACAUCAAACCUAGGCGUGUUUUAAAAGGUCAUCAAGCUAAGGUUCUUUGUACCGGAUGGAGUCCCGAUAAAAGACACAUAGUAUCAUCCUCUCAGGAUGGAAAGCUCAUUGUUUGGGAUGCUUUUACCACAAAUAAGGAACAUGCGGUGACUAUGCCAACUACAUGGGUAAUGGCUUGUGCAUAUGCGCCUUCAGGAAGCUAUAUUGCCUGUGGAGGUCUUGAUAACAAAGUAACUGUUUACCCAGUUACUUCCGACGAAGACAUGGCUGCCAAGAAGAGAACUGUUGGUACUCACACCAGUUACAUGUCAUGCUGUAUUUAUCCGAACUCAGAUCAGCAGAUCCUUACCGGAAGUGGUGAUUCAACAUGUGCAUUGUGGGAUGUUGAGUCAGGACAAUUGCUUCAGAGUUUUCAUGGUCACUCUGGAGAUGUAAUGGCAAUUGAUUUAGCACCAAACGAAACUGGGAACACAUUUGUUUCGGGAAGUUGCGACCGUAUGGCUUUUAUCUGGGAUAUGCGGUCUGGUCAGGUCGUUCAAUCUUUUGAAGGCCAUCAGUCGGAUGUCAAUAGCGUGAAAUUCCAUCCAAGCGGAGAUGCAAUAGCCACCGGAUCAGAUGAUGGCACGUGUCGUCUAUUUGAUAUGAGGGCCGACAAAGAGGUGGCAAUUUUUUCCAAAGAAAGCAUUAUUUUCGGGGCGAAUUCGGUUGAUUUUUCAGUAAGUGGAAGACUUCUAUUUGCUGGCUACAACGAUUACACAGUUAACAUUUGGGAUACACUUAAAGCCGAGAGAGUAUGCUUGCUGUACGGUCAUGAAAAUAAAGUAUCAUGUCUUCAAGUUUCACCUGAUGGAACAGCGCUUUCUACUGGAAGUUGGGAUUAUACUAUUCGGGUUUGGGCUUAAAUUGGAACGAUUCUGCUGAAAAGAACUCCUCAGAAAUGGAGAAACUUACCACAAAAAAACCUAUUGCAGUAUUAUACAUACAUUUAUUUCAAAAGGCUCGCUCGUUUACAUUUUUGGUAGAAACUCAAAACGGACGAAUUUUUAAAUUUUUGAGUUAUUUAAUAGUCUCAGAAGUCAAGAGAAUUGAAAUCACUCGAUUCACAGUAUUGUCGUUCAAUAAUCGUUUGAAACCAAACGAUCUCGGAUUGCUUGGCAUUUCUCAUUUUUGAAGUGCUUAUUUUCGGUUAAAAUAUCAAAUACUCAAAGGCAACGCUAAUUAUAUGUUUUUAAUCACUUUAAAAUUAAAGCCAAAAAGAACCGGUCUUAAGUAAAGAUUAUUCAUAGAACUUAUGAGUGGUCUCUACCACUAAAAAGUUGUUUGUUAAAUAAUAAGAUUAAUAUAAAUAAUAAGAUUAUAAUCUUAUGAGAACUCCUAAGUUAUGCGCGCUUGAAGAAUAACGGUCUUAAGGUCUCAUUCAUAAGAUCUGUUUGAGAGUUUUGUUGUGUAAUCUGCCCAUAAUUUCGUAAAGGCCCUAACUACAAAAUUUUCGAUUUUGAUUUUUUUGCAUAUUUGGAGUUAGGGCAUUGUCUCUGAUUUAUCGUCAUUUAUUUUUUUAGCCUAGGUCUUCAAAUACGUCCGAAAAUUGAAAAUGAACUUUUGAUUUUUUUCAUUUUUAUAUGAAAUUUGCUAUAUUACAUUUACUAUUUCCCUCUAUAACUCAGAACUAAGAAAAGUGUAGUUAGGGCCUUUACGAGAUUAUGGGCAGUAAUAUGAAUGCCAUAUUAUGCGUUUAGCAUAAAUAGAUUCGUUCAGCAUGGCCAAAUAAAAUAAUCUUGCUUGGUCACGCUCAAAGAUUUCCAUUGAUAAAUAUUCCAUUUGAUUUCAACUUUGCAUUACUGUUUUAAAUAAUAAAUUAUUCUAAUUCAAUUAAUUUUAGUAAUGACAAUUUUUUCUACUUAACUUGAGAAAAAUGUUUUUAUUCAGAAUAAUCAAUAAUCUAUGUACUAUAACGAAAGUAAAUAAAUACACAGCUAAAUAAUGUUCGUUUGUGACCAUGAUCCAGAUAAUUCGUACACUUUUUAAGUAGCAAUUACAAUCUUAAAAUAUAUAUUGUAACGAUGAAAUUACUGAGCUACUUCUAAGAUAAAUGUCUGAAUGUUGGUAAUGUGACUAACUACUGUGAAGAUAAACAUCUGAACGCACAUUUAAUAAAUGUGAACCUACCUUUAAUACAUUACUGAACGCACUCAUUGAAAUUUCCUUGGAAAGCUGAAUAUCCCAAAAUAUCAUUUCCUACUUAAAAUGUGCUGAAUAAAGCACUUGACCUCCUGAAAAUUGUAACUUCUAUAGAGCCAGAGACGAGAACCUCCGGAGCUUAAGGAAUAAUUAAAGGAGCGAGGUUUUCCCUCUGCUGGGGCCCUAUUUUGUAAAACGAUUAUCGUUAAAACUACUUCGUUUUCGUUGAAAUGCGACUACGUAUUACGACAAUCGUUUUACUUCAACGAUACUCGUUAAUCUUAACGACUGCCAUUUACCUAUCGUUUAACUUUCGUUAUCGUUCAGCUGUCACAAUAUUAUUGCGUUUGCUGGUAGAAUUCUUGUGAGUCUAAAAAAAAUAUUUUUUUCGGUCUAGUUUGGCCAAACGACUUUCUCGUUUUACAUAAUAGCUCUUUGUCGUGACUAUCGUUUACUUCAGUAUCGUCGACUUGCCGCUCGUUUCGUUUUACGUAAUAGACCCCUGGAUCGGAAAAUUACCUCAUUAUUCGUCGAAAAACGUUAAUUUGGAUACUUUUGUGGAUGAGUUUCCUUUUUUUUUAGAAAGUCAACGUUCAAAGAAUAUGGUUCUCUUAAAAGAUUUUAAUAUAGAUCUCCUUUCUGUUACAUCAAAAAAUGAUUUAGGUAUAUAUGUUGCCUUUAUCUGCUUUCGAUUUUAAGUCUUUAGUACAGGAACCUACACGUAUUACACCUGAACAGAGCUCAUGUUUAAACAAUAUCUUUGUACGGCUUCAUUGAUGUAAUAACACUACUUAUAAGACUAUGGUGCAUGAUCUAAAAAUAACAGAUCACUAUCUUAAUACCAUUCAAUUAAGCACUAUUGUUAAUGGGUCUAAAACUAGCAGUUUUGUUAAUCAUAACAAAAUUGAUUUUAUUGCUCUAAAAAAAGAUUUGAAUUUCGAGUUUUGGGAUGAAGCCUAUAAAGCUGAUGAUCCGUCUACCGCCUUUAACUGUUUCAACGAAAAACUUUAGCUUCAUUUAUCAAACUGUAUUCUCAGGGAGGUUAGAAAAUAUAUAAAUCUCAACUGCCUUAAGAAAUUAAUGACAAGAAGAAAAAGAAGUUUCUCCAAACAACCUAUUGAAGGCUUAAAAAUAAUUAUGACACUUUGUGCAAUGAAUUAAAUUUUGAAAUCCCUUUUUGUAGGGAUGAUUACUAUAAAAAAAGAUUUGCUGAUAGCUAUGGUAUGGGAAAAUCGCAAAUUAAUGUUAAUAAAUCUAGUGUUGACAUUGUUAUCUGUACUAAUGAUGCACAAAUAUCUGAUCCCAUCGAAAUUGCGAACUUAUUAAACGAUUAUAUCAAAUUUUGUAAGUAAAUCUUCAACCGUAAAUACCUGUUGUGGAUGACAAUUUUCAUUCAGACAGCUUCUGUUUUGAAAUGUUUACGUCGUCGGUUGAAAUUAAUAACAUAAUCAUGAGUAUGAAAAGUUUUAACUCUACUUCAAUGGAUAAUAUACUCUAGUCCAAGGAUGGCAAACCAAUGGCACGCGUGCCAUUGGUGGCACGCCAUGAAAUAUUUCCGGCACGCCACCAACCACUUUCCACGAUUUUUCCAGUGAAGAUUUUUCUUGAGAUUGUUCCACUUUAAAACUCUUUUCUUCUUCUUCUCACUUAAGCCUGGUACGCUGCUCGCACUAAAUUUUAGCUGAAAAUGCUCCCCCAUACAAAUUAUCGAAAAUUUUUAGCCGAGAUAAAAUGAAUCCCAUACAAAUUAUCGAUAACUCGUAUGGGAAUUUUAUCUCGGCUAAAAUUUAGCUCGAACAGCGUUCCAGGCUUUAAUUACAACAAUAAAAAAAAUCGUUCCUAGAAAAAUAGGUGAAUGAAAAUGCUUCAAAUUUAUCAUGUUGAAAACUGUAAGUAAUUUUGAAACUUGAAAAAAUUUAACAACGGAUUGAAUUUACCUGAAAAACCAAAAGAAUUAAAAUUAACUAAAGAGUUUUUAUCGGUAAUUAGAUCAGCAGUCGAAGAAUUUUUGUUUGUUUUGUAAACAAAAUGUCCAUUUUGACACAUCAACAAUCUCAUGAGGGAUCAACUCAUAGUUCGUAUAUUCAAAAGAAGUUUAGGAACGAUGUUCGGCUCUUAAAUAGUUACAAAUUGUAACUGUUUUGCAUAAAAGGAACGACCAUAGUUAACCGCACGGGUUAUAUGGAAUCCUUUGGUAAAUUUAGCUUGUCAAAAUUUGAUUGGUGAAAAUUGAAGACAUUGAAAUGCAGCUGAACGAAUUGCAAUCUAGCUCGAUAUGGACUCAAAAAUUCUUCAAAACGACGAAGAAUGCAAUCACAUCUAAAUUAAUCGCAACAUGAAAAUCAUUUCCCGAUACAUAUAGCUGCUUAAAAGUGUUGGCGUUUGCUGCCAUGACAAUAUUUUUUUUCCUACAGUGUGAGCGUGUGAGUCCUUAUUUUUCGAAAUUAAUAACAUGUUGUCAAAUUAAUCCAGUUCAGCUUACAUUUCAAAUAAAUGAAUUUUUACGUAUACAAAUAAAAUGCUGCUUAGUUUAAAAUUAUUUAUUUUUUUUUCUAGUAGUCACUAAAAAACUAGAUCGAAACUGUGAGGCACGGCAAAGGUACUAUAAAUAAAUAAUUUGAUUAACAUGGCACGGGGCUCUAAAAAGGUUCGCCAUCCCUGCUCUAGUCAAACUAAAAAAUAUUUCUUUUAACAUUUCUGAUGUUCUGAGUUAUAUUUUUAACUUAAGUGUUCAGAGAGGUAUUUUUCCUGUAGCUUGCCCUUGUAAUUACCACUUCAUAAAAAAGGUGAUCUUCAUGAUUGAAUAAUUACCAUCCCAUUUAUCUUCUCUCAAUUUUCUCAAAGAUAUUUGAGAAAGGUAUAAAGUUAUGAAUUUUCUCUUGGCCGGACCUUGAAAUAAUACAAAAAAGUAAACUUAAAAUCAAAAUUAAAAUUAAGGAAUUUUUUUUUUGUAUCACAUUCAAAUCAAUAUUUAUGCGUAUAAUUCCUAGAGCAGUGCUUUGUAGCAGCUUAAUUUGGCAUAUAUAUAAAGCUUAUAUAUGUACAAUUUAUAUAAAUCUAACAACGUAGUUCGAUGUUACUGGAUCCAGUACUUUUAAGUCUUAUGAAAUGGUUUUAUUUUUAAGCUCUACGAACAAAUACGUUUUAUUCUUUUUUUUUAUUAAACACUUGAGACUUAACACAAAUUUCACUGAAAACACAUAGACAAAUAUCCCCAGGUGCAUAAUCCAUGAUUUAAAAUAAAAAUAACAUUUUCCCGGCCUAGUAUUUAGAAUUAAAAAGCACAAAAACGUAUAAACCGCGAUAAAUUCUUUUUCUUAAAGGUAAACUUUGUUACAGUUUUUAACAAUUAAGAUAUGAGUUAAAAAUAUUAAGGAAACCAUCGUUGGGUGUAGCAGACCCAUGGCAUUACAAAAAUAUACCACGUGGACUGUCAUAGUGUCAUGGCUGACUUUAUUUUUGAGGUUUUGGCCGAGAAUUUUGGGAAAUCCGCCUGUGUGCAACGGCAGAAGUCCCCAACCUGGAGGGCCAGGCCUUUUGAUGACUCCAAGGACGAGAGGUUGGCUAAGGAGCUCCUUAUAGAUUUGUGCUCUGAAUACGUCUGAGUAGCUCAUAUAAGGUGUCCACCAAGUAGUUCGGCCUUACUGGAACUGGUGACGCUACAGUUGAUUCUACAAAAAGAAUUCUUCCGCUACCGUCAUUUGAUGGGAGUGCCUUGGUUGGUAAGUAAUAGCAAAAGCCUACUCCGCUUCGACCUGUCGACCAUGGGAGGCCCUUCUGCGAGGAGGCCCUUCUGCCUUCACAAUACUUUGUAUCAACUACAUAUAUGUAACUACAGUCGAUUCUUAAUCCCGCUGAAGCAAAUGGUCAUUCGAACUGUGUCGAAGCGAAAAACUUGCCAAUAUCCUUUUUAAUUAAUUUUUAGGAGAGGAAUUCGUAGUUAAAAGUUUAAAAUAGCUCUGCUUACCGUAAACGAAUUUAAAAAUGGCCAAAUAUUCAGCGAAAUAUCUAUUUUAAAUUGGUACAAAGAGAUACAUACGUUGGUUGAUAUAAAUUGCGAGCGUUAGCGAGCAAGAAAAUUUGUUUGAAGAAAUAAAUUUUAACCAUUCUUAGGCUUUAUUAUACAAAAAAUUAUUUCGUACAAUUUUAUAUAUAAAACAUUGAAAAAGGGACUUUUUCUCGCAAUGAAAUUUUGUAGCAGAAUACCUACUUAAAAACAAAAAUUUUAAAUAAUCCAAGUUGUUUGGCAUGAGUUUAUUAUACUUCACUUUGAAAUUUAACAAUAAACGGAAAUUGUUUAAUUUUAUAAUUUGAAACAAAAAAAUAUCGAAAUGUUGAACAUAGGUACUAGACUCUCUAAAUAAAUGGAUACAUUUAUUUUCACUUAUAUACACUUCGCGUCACUUGAAUAGAAACAACAAUUUUUCUUUAGAGAAUAGCGAUUGGCGCUUCGGUGAGGUAACUUAGUAGAUUUUUGGUUUUGCAUUUUCAAAGAGGAACUUUUAACAAAGAAUGUUGUAAAAACAAAAAACCCAAAACAGAAACCGUAUGGCUACUAGUUGCGUUUUUUCGCAUUACUUCACAAAAAACAGUUUUAUUUUUGCGUCACUUGAAUAGAAUCAAGCUCUUAAAUUAGAUAAAAAUGAUGAAAAAUCAUGGACAACACUAAUUUUAGUAAAGCAGUAUUAAAAUUUGACAUUAUUUGCACAUUAUAACCAAUUAUGGGCUACGAGCUACCACUAGGCAUCACAGAAAAUGCUUAAAUAGCAGCUAGCAUUGGAAAUGCACUUGCACUAUGCAAAAUCGCGAAAGAUAUUGAAAAAUUUGCCAAAUUUGUAUGAGAAUACUUUUAAAAUAUCGUAAACUAGUGAUUGAAUAAAAAAAUAAGACAGGUGAGAACCAAAUCAAGAGCAGAGAAAAAAAUAAUUUAAAAAAUUAAAAAAAAAUAAGUCAAAAACGUGGUGUUAGUGCGAUGGUAAUGUGUUGGUUUGUU